CGGUGCAUGCCGGGACUUGUAGUCCUGGCGGAGGCAUUCCCGCCAUCGGGAAGCGCGACGGAUUCCUGGCGUUGCUAGUUUCAGCUGCGGCGGCCGACGGCAACGGUUGGCCACCAGGAGCCGGAGGGACCCCCGCAGAUGUCUCCUCCGAGAGCUCAACGUGGGAAGGUAGAACGGGUGGAACUACUGUCCCGCAGCCUCCCCGCGGGGAGCCCCCGGUGCUGGGCGACGGCGCCGGCUGCUGCCCGGCAGCCAGCGGCGUCCCGAUGCGGGCGCCCCGCGGGGAGCGCGCCCUGGAGGAGUCCCUGGAGCGAUACCAGAGGCGCCUCCGAGAACGUGCCAGUGAAAGCAUCUCUCAACUGAAACAUGCCUUGGCAAAAGGUGAUGGCACUGGAUUUGACCAGUCCUCUGUGGAUGAGAGCAGUGACAAUGCAGGGAAGGACAAUGAUGACUGUGGGACUGCAGCCAGUCAGGAACUGCAACACAGUCAUGCAGUUAACCAACUUAAACUUUUGUUGCAACACCAAGAAAGAAUGGAAAGUGAAGAGUCUUCCUCAAGAAGAAAGAAUUCAUUCCAUAAGCCCCCAGAAGCUGUGCCUGCAGAUUUACCAGUCCUUUCCAGUCUUGUUCCUAUAAUCACUGAUCAGUCACAGUACAUUAAACAUUUGGAAGCAGAAGUGAAGUUUUACAAGGAGGAGUUGUGUGGGGUGAAAGAUCAAGAACAGGCAGUUUUACUUGAAAAUGAGGAACUCCAUCAGAAGCUGAAAUUCUUAACUGCAGAAUACAUGCUGAGAGAACAAAAUCUUCUUGAUGCCUCAGCAAAUACUCAGAAAUCCUGCCCUGUAGGUGGUAAAGAAUGUAGCACACACCAGCCUGUCACCUCAUCACUGGCACAUAACAAAGAUCAGGCUUUUGUUGCAGCAGCUUCUGGAGACAAAGCCAGAUGGCCUGUAGAACUGGAGAAUCUAAGACUUCUUUAUCAAGAAAAAGUCAAUAUCCUUGAUGAUCAAAUACAGUCUCUAAGAAAAGACCUUUCAGAAUCUCAGAAGACAUGCAAAGAUUUGGAAGGAAGGCUGAAACACCAGAAGUCACUGUUUGCGGCUAGAAAUUCUAGCCAGGUUGGUGGUCUGUGCCUGAACUGUGCCCAGCACGAGGCCAUUCUUGCACAGACCCACUGCAAUGUCCACGUGCAGAGCAUCGAGAGGCUGACGAGAGAAAGAGAUGACUUGAUGGAUGCACUUGUUUCAGUGAGACAAAGUAUAAAAGAGAUGCAGCAAAGAGAAUCUAAUGCUUGUAAGCAAGUUGAACAUGCUAUGCAAAUGGCAGAAGAGGCCAAUUUUGAAAAAACAAAGGCUCUAGUCCACUGUGAACAACUAAAAAGUGAGAUGGAGCGACAGAAGAAUUAUCUUGAAAAGGAGUUGGCUGCCCAGCUAAGUAAGAGGGCUGAUGAAAAAGAAGCACUGCGGCGAGAAAUGAAGAAGGAAAGGGAGGACUUGGCAGCAAUGGUGGCAGCUUUGUCUAAUGAUGUGGCUAUUUUGGAGGCUCAAAUAGAGAGAGUUACAAGGGAAAAGAAUUCUCUAGUUAACCAGUUAGAAGAAUCACAGAGCCAGCUUUCAUCUCAUGAAAUGGAGAUGAAUAAGGUGUGUGGAGAAAUGCGUUAUCAGUUGAAUCAAACCAAAAUGAAGAAGGAUGAGGCAGAAAAGGAGCUCAGAGAGUACAGAACAAAAACUAUAAGGGAGCUUGAAAUUAAGGACCAGAAAAUAGAAAAACUGGGAUUAGAGCUUAAUGGGAACAAACAGCGUUUGGAACAAGCCCAGCAGGAUGUGACAGAAGCCAGAGAGGAAUGCCUAAAACUGACAGAACUGCUGAGUAAAUCUGAGCACCAACUGCACCUCACCAGAUUGGAGAAAGAGAACAUUCAGCACUGCAUUAGCAGUGAAGCGAAGGCCCAAGCCCUUCAGGCCCAGCAAAGAGAGCAGGAGCUGACACAGAAGAUGCAGCAAAUGGAGGCCCAGCAUGAGAAAACUGUAGAAGAACUGGAUUCAUUGCUGACCUCCCAGAAUACAUUCAUAGCAAAAUUAAAGGAAGAAUGUUUUGUGUUGGCAAAAAAGUUGGAACAAAUGUCAGAAAAAUACAGAUCUGAAGUCAACCAGCUUAGUCAGGAUAAAGAGUAUCUUCAUGGCAGAUUGGAGAAGAUGCAGAAACGGAAUGAUGAAUUGGACCAACAAUGUAUCCAGCAUGGGAGAAUACAUGAGAGAAUGAAGUCAAGGUUACAGCAGCUUGACAAGCACUGCCAGGCCACUGCUCAGCAGUUAGUGGAGUUGCUCAACAAACAGAAUCAGCUCUUCAAAGAGAAGCACCUGCUUACAGAAGAGGUGCAGUUUCUGCGAACACAGGGAAAAAAUGGGAUGCAGAUCUCAAACAGGACACAGAUGGAAUCAAGUAAAAACCUGGAUGGAUAAAGAGAAAUGAGCAUAAGUAGGUAUUUUUUUUCUAUAUCCUAUAUAUAGAAUGGGGAGGAGAGGAAAGGAGAGCACAACUAAAACUAUUUGCAGAUGUGAGUUGAAUCUGGCAAACACUUAAAAGACAAAAGGAAGAAGGAAGUGUUUGAAACAUUUUUGGGUUUGAAACUGUUGAAGCUUUUUGUGCUUUGAUUUUUUUCUCUUUAAGCACUCUAAAAAUUUAAGGACAAGCCCUCAAUAGUAAAGGCAAGUUUACCUAAUAGAAUAAUAAAAAAAAAAAAUCUUAAAUAUCUAAGUUGAAGGGAAAGGUGGAUAUACACCUCUUAGCUAGGUAGAAACUUCUGGAAGAUCUCAGAUUUAACCCAGGUACUUUGUGUCUGGAUAGUCCCUAGAUGUUUGCCUUUUGAUUUAAAAUGCUUCAUUUUGUUGCUUCCGGUAUUUUCUGUCUGGGGAAGCUUGAAUCAUCCCUAUCUCUUCAGAAAGGCUGCAAUUGGCAAUUGGUUUUGUAAUAAAUCGUAACAGUUCGUGUCACAUUGAAAGAAUAUUAUGUAGAUAUUUGUAUUGGGAGCAGUGGUGUCUGAGUUACAGUAGUGCAACACAGCUAUAGCUGUUCCUACUGCCUUGUAAGAGUUAUUGAACUUUUAAAGAAUUUAAAAUUGCAUCAUUUACUUGAAUCUAGCUGACCUAGCCAACAAUCCCUAACAAGUCCUAAGCCUUGAUAGGAUUUGUUUUCAAAAGUCAUGUUACUUCCACUGUAGUUUUUAUUUCUAGUGUUACGUGUUUGUUGUAUGGGGGAAAAGACAGCAGAAAGGAAAAUAAAAAACCUGUCUUUAAAUUCAGCUACAUUCUCAUGUGUUCAGAGCCUGUUUUUCUUGGAAAAGUCAUUUGACACUGUAAGGAAAAUUCAGGUUUUUAAAGUGAAGGAAAAGAAAUCAUAAAAGAAGUACCUGGUCCUGCUGAAUGCUGCAUUCCUUUUCAGGCUACAUGAGCAUACUCAGGACCUGGUAAAGGUAAUCAAAUUUUAAUUAUGGCAUUUACACCUCUCAAUUUGAAAGUUUUUGGAACACUCAGGUUUGGAAUUUUUACCUUUGAAAGUUUCUUACACAUUGGAACUCACCCUAAGGCAGGAGUAUAAAAGAUAUUUAAUUGCCCUCCUACAUAGGUAUGAAAUACAGAAUACUAAAUAAAUGCGCACAGAAAGCAAACAAACAUCUAGACAGAGAUUGCUGGAAACCUCAGCACCCCCCACCAGGCAUGAGUGUAUUUGUGAGAGCUGGGAUGCCUCUCUUGCAGGAUCUGUCUUGGUGUCCAUCAGUGUGACAGAAAUAAGUAUUUGUUCUGGUGGAUAAUCCCCUCACAGACCCCAGCUGCCAGAAGGGGUUGCUGGCCAGCUGAGCCAGUGAGAGCACAGACGGGCAGGAUUUGGACCUUGAGGAUUACUUCCAUCGAGGGCUGUCACCCUGUGCUGCUGCUCUGACUUCCCCACAAAGAUCUCCUCCUGCAAGCCAGACUCCCUCUGGCCAGGAACCCACGCUCUCCCUGUGCUUUCCGUAUGGCUGAGCCUCUCAAGCUCUCUCUUCCCUCCUUACAGACGUCUUUGUCACAGCCAGUGUGUCUGUGAGCUGAUCACCCUUCUGCUAAAACGAAGUUAAAGUACACUCACUGUGUCUUUGUCACAGCCAGUGUGUCUGUGAGCUGAUCACCCUUCUGCUAAAAUGAAGUUAAAGUACACUCACCCGUGCCUGCGCUCCCGUCCUCGCCUCAGUCACUCAGCACUGUCAGAAUUACAGCUCUUCUAGGGCAGGGGUUUGCUUUCCUUUCUUGUGUCAGCAGGAAUUUCCUGUGAGGUCCCAGUGGUUAAUGCAGCAGUGUGUCCCAAGUGCCCUGUUUGCUUUUUAAUUUUUAUUAUGCAUUACAGAAGGAGGAGCCUUAUUUCCAGCAAACAGGUAGGUCAUCCAUCUCUGCUGUCAAAAGUGAUUAAAGUGAUCCUUACAUGGCCCUCAACCUCAGGAGACCUGAAGAUUGCUUUUGUUACUAGGAGAGAGCUUUUAUCUUAGUGCAGUCUUACUGCACAAAGAUGGUGCCUCUGCCAGGUGUUUGUAACAGCCAGUGACAGUCCACAGAUGGGGUUGGUGGAUGUUGUGGGUUUUCUUUAAGCAGAUGAAAAUCUUCACUUCUGCUUGGAUGGAGUUUAAUCAGAAGUGAUGUGAGUUAAACCAUGACAGGAAGGGAUAAAGAUAAACCUCUGGUUUGAUGUCUGACUGCCCUGACAUGAGGCUUCAAGUAUUGAGCUCCUCAGUGAUUGUGCAUCUGCAGCUGUGGGAGUCCUGUACAUCCCAUACAGUGUCUGGCUACUGGACAAAGCUGGGCACCAGCUAAGGAGUUGAGCCUGGCCCUCCUGAGAGUUCCACCUUGGGUUUUACAGCCAUGCAAUGGAGGAUUAAGGCACUGAAGCCACCUGAGUGCUUUCUAAUCAAACAGGGAGUCAGUUGCUCUUCCCUCCUCCCAGUAUAGCUGGCAGCAAUAAAAUAAACCAGUCGGGCAUCUGCAGUUUCACUCCCACAAACCCUUCCAGCCUGUUAAAGCAGAUGCCACUGAGGCAAGAAGGGAGUGCCCAGAGGAACCUGGGCACUGUGUGCUGCAGCAUUCUGUGCACUGAAAACCAAAAUAUUCUUGGGAGGAGGAGAAACUAAGACUGGAAAGGCCCCUAUACCCUGACUGUCCAGUAAGCAACUCGUUUACCAAUUACGUGAAUGUGACAAUGACAGCUGUACCCCUUUCGUUAGAAAACAGCACACCUUAAAUGACAGCUUUAAUACUUGGGCCCUGGGACAGUGUGGUACAGAGAUUCUGACAGGAUUGUUGCUGCUUUGUGAAGAGGUUCAGGCCAGGCUGGAGUCAGGAGAUUUGGCCCACUUCAUCAAUCAAGCUGAGGUUCUGCAUCUCACAAAGCAUUAGGACUAGGUAAUUGUGGUGUGGAAGGACACCCACAACAGAAAUUUCCAGGAGUUCAACUUCUUCAGGAGUUGAGUUUUUGGGUUCUGCCCAUACUCUGAUGCUGAGGGUCACUGCACCACAGAGUGCAGUGUUUCUUCUGGUUGUCACUACCUAGGCACUGACAAGGAAUUUAAGCCCCAAGGCUUUCCAUUGCCAUAGUUCCUUGCACUGGUCGCAAACACAACUGUAGCAGUUGAUGUUGGUGCAUGUAUUUUGGGGGAAAAAACCACCAUGUUACUCUUUUUCAUUCUUUAAUGAACUGCAGCUUCAUGAAUUUUCUUUAAUUCAGCCUAACCAACUAAGGGGAGGAAAAAAAAACCCCUUCAGUCUUCUAAUGCAAAACCAGCCAAAGUAGAAAGUUUAUUUUUCUUUCUGAGGUCAUGUACAUCUCUUAAAUUCAAUUUUUAGUACUGCAGGGGCUUAAUUCAAGGUAGCUCCCCCAGCUUCAAUAGUUUGAUAUCUUGCUCAAUUCAGUCCUUAAGUGCUACCGAGGAAGCACAAACAACAGCUAUGCAAGAGCUUCAAAACUGCGAAUUAGCCUUCUCACCAGAGGUUUCAUACUAGCACCAAGGCAACAGUUUCCUGUUUUGCUACAGCUGCCCACCCCAGACACAUGCUGAACACUGCACAGUAAACACCCUCUGGCAAAACCCUGCCACCUUCUUCCUGGAAGGGGCAAGGGGCAGGAUUUUAGACGUGCCCCAAAACAAGAGCUCACUUAUUUACUGCUAAACAGGAGCCAUGUCAAAAGCUCAUGGAGAUCCUGUUUUUCAGCAAUCAGAUGUCUCUUGUUCUUGCUACCUGUAAGACUUCUGAGGUUAGAAAGAGUUGAGGACAUCAAGCCCACAGACAGUGCAGGCUUUGAAACUGUACUUGUUUACUCUGCCUUACUGCAGUCUUAACCAGUUUUUAUUUUUCUUCUGAGAACUUGUCUGCAGGCUGACGUGACACAGGCUGACGUGACACAAAUGAGAAACACAGGCACUGCCAUACAGACUACCCAUCUCUUCCUUUUAUCUUUCAGGUCUGCUCUGCACCUGGCUGAAACUUGUCUGAGGCUCACCCAAAGACACCUCUGCAGAAAACAGGCACACCUGCUACCUAAUUUCAGCUGGUUUCUAUUUGGUUUUCACUACAGAAUCACAAAUAUUUUGAAGCCUUACCAGCCUACCAAACUUUCUAGGACAACAGCUGAGAUUUUUCUGAAAAGACAGGCUUGCAAGCUAGUUUUAACAACUAUCACGUGGUGUGGAUGUCAACAAUUUGUACAAUGUUUAUAAAAUGUUUUUAUCUAUUUUCAUAAUUGAACAUACAUGUCUAUAUUAUUUACAGACUGAAAUAUCAAUAAACCUAAUAGGUUCUCUAA